AUGCCCGAGCUAGACGCCAAUAGGUCAAGGCAGGCCGGCCCCGGGAACGAACACAAGGCGACAGGCGUCCUCGCUCCGUGGGGCGAACCGGCGUGGUUCCAUGCCCUCGAGAGUCCCUACUACAAUGACUCUCACCGGCGGUUCCAGACAUACGUACGAGACUUUGUCGACACCCACUUGCUUCCAUACGCGCAAGAAUGGGAGGCAGCCGGGAGAGCCCCUCUAUCAGCAAGAUUGAAGUUCGCCAAGUCCGGUCUUGCUUUUCUCGAUGUCCCAAAGGAGUACCGACCCAAGGAGCUCAUGGCUAUCGUGGGUAUCUCAUUCAGUAAGCUUGAUGUCUUCCACGAGCUGAUUCUCAUGGACGAGAUGGCCCGCAUCCCCAGUGGGGUUCCCCUCGCUCUAGCGGGGGCGUCGAACGUGGGCGCGCCGCCCAUUUUUGCUGCGGGUACCGACGAGCAGAAGAGGCGAUGGCUUCCCGGACUUUUUACCUGGGAGACCAGCUUCUGUCUUGCCAUCACGGAGCCGACUGCCGGUAGUGAUGUGAGCGCCAUUCGGGCCACUGCGGAAAAGACCCCCGAUGGCAGGCACUACGUCGUCAACGGCCGGAAGAAGUGGGUUACGGGUGCGCCCUGGGCAACCCAUAUGACCACCGCUGUCCGUAUGGGAGAGCCAGGGCGGAGCGGUAUCUCGCUGUUGGUCGUGCCUCUCAAGUCCCCCGGCGUCACGAUCAGGAAGAUCCACAAUUCCGGGCACAACGCCGGUGGUUCAUCGUGGGUCGUGUUGGAGGACGUCAAGGUCCCGGCGGACCACCUGCUGGGUAAAGAGAACGGGGCAUUCCCCAUUAUCAUGCGCAAUUUCAACAAGGAGCGCUUCAUCCUCACAGUGGACUGCAACAGACAAGCCCGAAUAUGCCUUUCAGAGGCAUUGCAGCACGCACAUGAUAGGGAGACAUUUGGAAAACCUCUCGCCUCGAACCAAAUCAUCCGGCAUAAGCUUACGACGCUUGCCCGCGAGAUCGAGGGCCACUGGGCAUGGUUGGAGCAGAUUGCCUACCACGUCCACAUUCACGGCUGGCAGACUAAGGACGUCGCAAGCAGAAUUGCGCUGGCAAAAGUCCAAGGCGGUAGGAUCGUAGAGCAAGCCGUCAGGGAGAGCCAGCAGAUUCACGGCGGUAUGGGCUACGAGAAGGGUGUGACCAUGACGGAGCAGAUCUCUCGGGACCUCCGAUUGAAAGUCAUCGGCGGUGGUAGCGAGGAGAUUCUGAGUGACCUCGCGUGGCGCGAGGAGCACAAGCGAGCUUCCGAUCGAGGCGCGAAACUCUAG